AUGAGCACCAGAUCUGCGAGUCAUGCUGGCUCAUGGUACUCUUCAGGCAAGGACAAGCUCUCCAACGAGCUCGACCAGUGGCUCGCUCAGGUCCCUGAUUCGAUCGAUGGAACACAGCUGCCAGUCGCAGGCGCAAGAGUCAUAAUUGCGCCACAUGCAGGCUAUUCAUACUCAGGUCCUGCUGCGGCGUGGGCAUACAAAUCCCUUGAUCUUUCAAAUGCCCAACGCAUCUUCCUCCUUGGCCCCUCGCACGCUCUUUACCUCCCUGGCUGCGCAACAUCGAAGCACUCACGAUACGCUACACCGUUGGGAGAUCUAGUAAUCGAUACCGAAAUCGUGAAGAAGUUGCAGGAUACGGGGAAGUUCGAGAAGAUGAGCACAGACGCGGACGAGACGGAGCACAGUCUUGAGAUGCACCUUCCUUACAUCUACAAGUUGUGCUCGCAGUCCUUCAAUUCACCAGCCGAAUUCCCUCCUAUUGUACCGAUACUCGUAGGAAACACAAGUGCCACUUCAGAGAAGGCGUACGGAGAUGUUCUAGCGCCAUACCUUGCGGACCCUACAUCGGUCUUCAUAGUCUCUUCGGACUUCUGCCAUUGGGGUCUGCGGUUCCAAUACACAUACUACCUCCCAGCUUCGCCGUCAGCGGCUGCGGGCACAGCUGGUGGAUAUUCCCUGAAACAGCGACACGAUGAUCCUACCGAUCCUCCCAUCCAUGAGAGCAUCGGCCGGUUAGACAAACUUGCGAUGGAUGCUAUCGAGACUGGCAAACAUGAUGUAUUUUUGGGUAAUUUGAAAGAGACUGGCAAUACAGUCUGUGGAAGACAUCCGAUUGGUGUUGUCAUGGCUGCCAUCGAGGUCUUGGAGAAAGAAGGCAAGGUCUCUCCCGAGGGGAAGGGCAAGUUCAAAUUUGUCAGAUACGAGAGGAGCAGCGAGGUAGAAGAGAUCAGUGACUCAUCGGUCAGCUAUGCCAGUGCAUAUGCGGUGCUUUGA